UACUUCGCGAAUGACGUCACGGCUACGAUGCCAAAUAACUGUUAACCGUUUACCUGCUAUUCUGUGUCGGUUAAUAAUUUCAGUCUUCAGUAAGUUAGUGGUCAGUUCGCUCCAAUAAAUGCAGUAAAAUAACAGCGUAGAGUGAAAUAUUUGGUGUCGAGUGGGUUGUGAAUGGUUUACCAAAUCCGAUCCUCAUUGCAUCGGUGUCGUUGGAACAAGUCCGACAGAAAAACGAAGUAGGCGUUGGGUUUGAAUCAUUUCCAAAUAUACUUCCAAAAAUCGACCCGGCCAACGCCUUUUUGAUUCUCGCCGAAUUUUCGUCACGCAGGAAGUCUGUUCGUUUGGACUGGUUCUUUUGUGCGAAGAAGAUGAAUGUCGCGGCGUUCUUUUGGGUGUUUUCUCUGUUUCUGGCGGUGGUUGCCGGUGCCAAGGACAUGAUGCGGAAGAGCAUAGUUUACGACAAAAACACCCCUGACGUUUUUUACUGUCCAAUUCACAAACCCACCGGUAUGGAUAAGCUCAUAGUUAAGGCGAGGCCUUUGAGUAAGUUAUGUGAAUUUGAAGGCGCCGCAAUUCCUGAAGACUACAAGAGCGACUGCUACCAAGAUGUGGACGAAAGUCGUUUCGCUUGCAAAGAAAAGUACAGGAUAAUGAUGAGAAACAAUCCGCCCGGUAGCGAAGAACCCGAAACCGACGAAAGGGAGAAGAGACAGAUGAAACGUCUGGCAAAGUUCGUGGACGUCGACAAACAGUAUUACGAGAUGAAAAUUGAAAAGACAGUUACCAAACCAAAACGGCGACUGAGCAAUAGACUAGGUUAAUUUUCCUGUUGUUUUAACUCAAUGUGAUAUAACCCCGAGUCUCGAGUGUUAAAAUAUUACUAAAAAAACGCUGACACAGUAACCUUACGAACUUGCCCAAUUUAAAUACCUAAUGUUGCGUUUACAAUUAAUGUUAUUAAUGAGUGCGUGUGUACAAUAAAUACGUUUCCUAUGGUAAUAAUUUAUUUAUGAAGUAUUUUUUUACCGCCCAAUUCUGAAACAGCACUAAACCAUAUACCCACAAAUAAUUUUUAAGUGUCCGAAAAGCUUAAGGCAUGACGGUAGAAAGUCCUUUUUAAAGGACUUUCUACCACAAUCCGUGGUUUAGACAGAACCAACUAUCCAUGAUUUUAUGCACAGUAUACUAACUAAAGAUUCGCGUCUUUAGUCUCCGUUGGUGGCGCCACUAACGGUAAAGUAAUAUGAACGUUGUACUUGCAAUUUGCAAUGCGUUUUAUAAAUUUAAUGUUUUUUAAGCAAGAAUAA